UUUUGUUGUUGAAAGUUGAAACUAUUCAUAUUCUUUCCGGAUAAACAUCUAAAAAUAGUUUGCUAACGUUUUCAAUGGCAACUCCUGCAGUUUGAACUUAAACCGAAAUCCCAUCUCUUUUUUUUUUUUGAAGCAUCUGGAAAGCUAGUGGCCAUUCUUCUUUCUGGAGAUGGACUCCAAUGCCAUCAAUUUUUGCCUAUACACAGACCACUGCAUGGGAGGUUCGGGUGUUGUGAAUGUAGAAAAGAGGGCUGCUAAUGAAGAUAACUGCAACACUCUCUUUGUCAACUAUGGUUAUUCCCUUGCAACCCUCUAUGUUUCUUGUAGUAUAAUUAGUGUUGUGUUCCUUAGAAGUACUCUCCAUUUCAUCUUGAAUCUUUAAAUGAUGGAUGAUACUGAUCUCGUCCUUUUUGUUUUUUUGAGCGGAGUAUCUUAGAAUCUAUUUGGGUCUACUCCUGCAGCCGCAAUAGCCUGGCAUGAAAUGAGAAGAGCUUGGAGAGGUGAUCGAUCUAGUGCUUCCCAAAGAAAGCCUAGGGAGCCAACGAUACACUGCUCGAGCACGUUCAAGGAGGUGCCUUUUGAUGGACCAGUUCCUUUAUCUAAGAUGGUCGAAUUGUUGGUUGAAGCAUGGGAAGAAGACUAAAUCGAGAAAAAUGAAUGUUGCGCGCGGAUGAUCAUGGAACUGCUGAAUCGCAGUUGUUGGUGUAAGAGUUUCAAAAUUGGAGAAAGAGGAUUGAUUGGAAGUGGGCAUUUGUUGUGAAGGAUUGUUUGAUAUAAAGUCAAAAUGGAGAUCGAUAAGGCCAUAAGAGAAAGUGAUGAUACAAGGUUGAAGACAAAGUACAACAAUGCCGUCUACGUAAUCCAAAGAGCUCUUGCUCUUUACUCUGUUGAAGAGGUCGCCUUCAGCUUCAAUGGUGGAAAAGAUUCAACUGUUUUGUUGCACCUUCUUAGGGCAGGCCAUUAUUUGCAUGAGGUUGGAAAGAAUCUGUCAGGCGACGGUACUGAAAUAACAUUUCCAAUACGGACCAUUUAUUUCGAGAGUUCUUCAGUUUUCCCUGAAAUCAACUCAUUCACUUAUGACACAGCAUCUAUCUAUAAAUUGCAGAUGGACAUCAUUCGCCUAGAUUUCAAGUCUGGCUUGGAGGCCCUUUUAAAAGCACAUCCUAUUAGAGCUAUUUUUCUCGGUGUUCGAAUUGGUGAUCCAACUGCUGUUGGGCAAGAGCAGUUCUCACCGAGUUCACCUGGAUGGCCAGCUUUCAUGAGAGUGAAUCCCAUCUUGGAUUGGUCAUACAGAGAUGUUUGGGCCUUUCUCUUGACUUGCAAAGUUCCAUACUGCAGCCUUUAUGAUCAAGGUUACACUUCAAUUGGUAGCAUUCACGAUACAGUUCCUAAUGCACUAUUGUGCCAUAGCAAGACAAACAGCAAUGAACAUAAUUACAAACCUGCGUAUCUGCUUCCGGACGGAAGAUUGGAAAGAGCAGGAAGAGUUAAAAAGGGCACAUCUCAGCCAUCAACUGCUACUAGCAAUGGCUUUAAGCAGGAUGACUCACAUUUGAAAAGAAAUUUUACGGCCUCGAUCAUUGCUGUGGGAGACGAAAUUCUGUUCGGCACUGUCGAGGAUCGGAUGAUGCCCAUACUGUGUAGAAAGCUCCACUCUGUAGGGUGGGCUGUUUCACAUAUUGCUGUUAGCCGAAAUGAUAUUGACUCUGUAGCAGAUGAAGUCGAGCGACUAGAGUCCACUUGUGAUAUGGUUUUCAUAUAUGGAGGGGUCGGCCCACUGCCCUCAGAUCUCACUGUAGCUGGUGUUGCUAAAGCUUUUGGCGUUCGAAUGGCCCCUGACGAAGAAUUUGAAGAAUAUUUGAGGCAUAUACUAGGUGAAAGGUGCACAGGAGAUAGGAAUGAGAUGGCACAGUUGCCCGAAGGCAUCACCGAGCUGCUGCAUCAUGAAAAACUGAGAGUUCCUUUGAUCAAGUGCCAAAAUGUCAUCAUUCUUACUGCAACAAAUGCUUCUGAGCUGGAAAAUGAGUGGGAUUGCUUGAUCGAUCUGAUGCCGACCAACGGACUUCUAGUAAUCUCCGAACCAUUUAUUUCAAAGAGACUGGCAACAACACUUUCCGAUGUUGAUGCAGCUCAGCCUCUGUCUGAAAUGUGUUGUAAAUUCCCUGAUCUCUACAUUGGGGCGUAUCGUGAAUCAAGAGGAGGCUCUUUGAUCAUAACAGUAAAAGGCAAGGAUAAAUCAAGAAUUUCAACAGCUGCCGAUGCAUUAUGCAACAAGUUUGGUUGUAAGGAAAUUGAGUGACUACCAAAAGUGAUUACACUUUGCUCCCCUGGAAUUUAUCGAAAUCCCACAUUUCACAUUUGCUGGAUGUACUAUGUUGAGCUUGGCAACUAAGGAUUUGCUUUUCAUAUCUAAUACUUGGACUACUGUAUACAGUUGCUGUUUCAACACCCAUACUUAUUGUAAUUUAAUCAAGUUUCUUACGUCUCUAAUCAAAGCCCAAUUCCAUGUA